AUGUCCACAAAUCCAGACCAUCAGUUGCCCAAGAAACCGGUCAAGACGCCUGUUGUCCCCAGGCCAAGCGCAAGCGUACUCUUGAUAUCUCCAACAAAUCAAAUUUUGCUCCUCCAUCGCGUAUCCAAGGCUUCUACAUUUGCUUCUGCACAUGUAUUUCCUGGUGGCGCAGUCUCAAAGACCCAUGAUGGCAAGAUACCUGAUCCAGACCAUCCCGACAGGCAUCGAGACGGACCGGCAUAUCGCAUGGCAGCCAUCCGCGAGACAUUUGAAGAAUGCGGUAUCGUGCUAGCCAAGAGCAAGAAAACCGGUAAAUUAUUCACAGAAAUCAGCGACGAGGAAAGAGAGCAAGGUAGAAAAGCCGUUCACAAUGGCGAAAUUAAGUUUGGAGACUUGUUGGAAAAAUGGGGAGCCGUACCCGACACUGAAUCACUGAUCCCUUUUACCCGCUGGGUUACGCCACAGGUAACGCCCGAGAGCCUUCCCAAGCGCUUUACUACACAAAUGUAUAUUUACCUCUUACCUCUUGGCUCCGCAUCACCAACCAAGCAUGCUGCUCCCAAGGGCACACCGCCCGCUUCGGGUCUGGAAGAAGAAGCCGAAAUCAUCAUCCCGAAACCCAGGCACGACGGCGGCAUCGAACACACCGCAGCACGCUUCCUGCCGCCAAACAAAUGGAUUGAUCUUGCUCGGCAAAAUAGAAUCAUCUUGUUCCCGCCCCAAUUCUUCCUUACGCUCAUGCUGUCUCUGUAUCUAGCUGCGACGGUGACUUCGCCUUCUUCACCUACCCCUUCGCUAUCUGAACUCCAGACCGAACGCGACAGGCUCCUGGAUUUCCUACAGAAGCCGCGUUUCUACAAUGGUCAGCCUGAGGUUCCGUUUGCUGAAGCUUGUAUCUCGCCUAUCGUCCUUGGCAAAGGUGAGUACGGAGAGAGCGAGCAGGAUGGUAUCGGCGGUGUGGAUAAGAGCACAGCUGUGCUUGUUUUGGAUCGGCCAGGCAAAGAAGUGGAAGAGCAAGGGCAGGAUAGGAGGGGCAUUAGGGAGUGGGUUAUUACUGCGAAGUUCAAGAAGGAGGGGCCGAGGGAUGUGGAUGUUAGGAGGAGGGAGGAGAUUCUUGGGGGUGAGGUUAAGGGGAAGUUGUAG